AAAGGAGUUCUAUGGAGAAAACAAAAAAACAUAGAACAUAAUAAAAUUUACUCACGACUUAGACUAGAUAUUAUUAUUUAUUUAUUACAAGCAUUAAAAUCAAACCUUUUUAAUUUUACAGAAGUAGGCCGCUGUUGGUGAUUUUGCGAAGUAUCCAAAAUUUCAGUGGAUUGGCUUUUCUAUCCAAAUCGGUAGCUCCACGCCUCUACGUACUGUUUCACCAUGAUAAUUGCUGAUAUUGUGAGAUUUUCCAUGCUUGAAAUUUUCAAUACCGUUUUAUAUAGAUGCUUCCAUAAAUUCUCGCCAGUCACCUCUGAAGUUAUCUGCUGGGAAUCUGAAGGUGAAGUUGUAGGUGUUUCGAGACGUGAAGUAGUUGGCAGUAGAGAUCCAUUUGGAGUAUUUGGCACCUGGAAUUGAGCUUGAGAUUCCUGUGUUUCCAACAUCAUCAACUCGUCCAUAACAAAUUGUUGAGCAUUAUCUGUAGAAGAUUAAAUAUAAAUUAUUAUCAAGAGACAUUUUUCCGUAAUAACAACACCACCGUCACCUGGGCUCUGUACUGUUUAUGGAAUUUGCGAAUUAAAAUAACAUACGCCUCCAAACCAGCGAC